AUGGCAGCUUCGGUGCUGCCUCUGCAGCCAGUGAAAUUCCCUGCCGGACCUGCACCUUUGACACCGGAACAGGCAUAUUGGCGCAGCUUCAAGACCCAAUUGAAACUACAUUCGCCUAACAAUAGUCCAAUAACGCACAUCUCCAGCCCAUUAUUGCCUCUCAAUGCGACAUCAGAGCCUUCUGAUCACUUCGCUGUGACUACUGGCCCUCGACUACAGCUCUAUUCCGUUCGGACCCGCAAAUUAGUGAAGACUAUCUCUCGCUUUGGUGAUAUAGCUCACAGCGCUGAAAUAAGGAGAGAUGGCCGGAUUAUUGUUGCUGGAGACGAGACUGGGGCUAUACAGGUCUUUGAUAUCAAUUCAAGGUCUAUUCUGAAAGCGUGGAAAGAGCACCAACAGCCAGUAUGGACAACGAAAUUUUCUCCGACGGAACCCACAAAACUUAUGAGUGCGAGUGAUGAUCGGACGGUCAGACUGUGGGAUCUGCCAUCACAAAACAGUGUAUCAUCAUUUCAUGGACACCAAGACUACGUGAGAUGUGGCCAUUUCAUGCCCGGACAAGCAACGAAUUUGCUCGUCUCCGGUAGCUACGAUCAAACGAUCAGAGUAUGGGACUCGCGGGCCCCGUCCAAUUCAGUCAUGACUUUCAAACAUGCUGCCCCCAUAGAGGAUGUCUUACCGAUGCCAUCGGGUACUACCAUAGUUGGUGCAGCUGACAAUCAAAUUUCGAUACUCGACCUGGUAGCUGCAAAACCCUUACAAUUGCUUAGGAACCACCAAAAGACUGUCACUUCCCUGUCUCUUGCUUCAGAUGGCACACGCCUUAUCAGCGGUGGUCUAGAUGGGCAUGUGAAGAUUUCAGAAACCAGCGGAUGGAACAUAAUCUCUGGCUCGAAAUUCCCUUCCCCUGUCCUUUCGCUUUGCAUCGUCAAAGGCGGUGCAGGAAAUGAAGAUAGGCAUGUCGUAGUGGGAAUGCAGUCGGGUCUUUUGUCAAUCAAAACGCGUCUUUCAGGACAACAGAAGAUUAAAGAGCGCGCUCGUCAGAAACAGAUGCAGGCCAUGAUAGAUGGCAAAACCUCCGAACUUGCCAAGAUUGAUUCGAAAAGGCAAACACAAGGACAGAAGAAGCGCGAUAGAGGGCUUGACUUUUCAGGAGAAGGUGCCGACAUUAUCAUCGAGGGGAGAUCUAAGGGCAAUUACAAGCCAAAGCGAUGGGAAUAUCUCCUCCGAAAAGGACAGUACAGUCCUGCUUUGGAUCAGGUUCUGCUGGAGGGUAAUUUAGCGGCUACUGUCACGCUAUUAACAACGCUGCGUCAUCGGUCUGCCACGAGAACAGCUUUGUCGGGUCGCGACGAGGCGUCCCUGCAGCCCAUUUAUAAGUGGAUUUGCAAGCAUAUAACGGAUCCGCAGCUCGUCAACAUGUGUGUCGACAUCGGAAUACUGAUACUCGAACUCUACUCGCAGCACAUUGGUGAAUCUCAGGAAAUUGACCAACUGACAUCCCGAUUACACAAGGUCGUGCGUUUGGAGGUCGAACAUUCUCAACAAGCGUGGCAAACCCAAGGCAUGCUAGGAAUGUUGAUGGCUGCCGAUUGA